GCCUGUCCUUGUCUUACUGACAUACAUGGAGGGCGUAUUUAAGGAUGUACACACAGUUUCCCUCUCAGUGCGAGUGUGAGCUACCACCAUGAACUUCGUGAGGCUGGUGCUGCUGGUGCUUGCAGUGAGUGAAGUGGAGUUAUUAGAAACCUGGAAUUACGAAUCAGGAUCCAAUGGUGUGGACCACUGGGUCAACAUGUUCGAGUCGUGUCACGGCCAGCGCCAGUCGCCCAUCAACGUGGACACUCGCCAGGUGGCGCUGGACCGCAGUCUCACCGACUUCACCUUCAGCAACUUUCACACCGUCAGAGGUGUCAGGAUCAGGAUGACCAACGACGGACGCACAGUGAAAGUGGUGUAUGAGAACGGGAACCUCAGCCUGCACUCAUCUGGGCUGGCUGGCGACAGUGAGUACCGGGUGGCCGACCUCCACUUCCACUGGGGCAGCACUGAUGACGUGGGGUCAGAGCACACCAUCGACGGCAGGGCCUUCCCCAUGGAGAUGCACGUGGUGUCAUGGAAAACUGCAUACCAAAGUUUCGAGACAGCAAUGGCGCACCCUGACGGACUGGCAGUCCUGGCUUUCCUGUUCGAGAUUCAAGGUAGCGAUAACCCUUCACUCACCCCUCUCAUCACUGAACUCUCAUCGAUUCGAUAUCCAGACAAUGAUGAAGACAUGCGGGCUUUCCCACUGACGAACAUAAUUCCCACCACAAGCAAGUACUACAGGUAUGAAGGCGGACUGACCACACCUCCUUGUAGCGAGGUUGUCGAAUGGGCAGUCUUCAAUGACACCAUUAAAAUUUCAAAAAAUCAGAUGAGUGCAUUCCGGAAUCUGAAGUCGUCAGGUCGAGAUUCCAUGGGCAGACACAAACCGUUAGUCGACAACUUCCGACCUGUGCAGCCCAGCAGCCACCGGAAGGUCCGAGCAAGUUUUGAGCCCUUCUGUGUGGACAACCACUUCGACAUGUGCGAGUCGUGUCACGGCCAGCGCCAGUCGCCCAUCAACCUGGAGACUCGCCAAAUGGCGCUGGACCGCAGUCUCACCGACUUCACCUUCCAUGAGUUUCACCCGGCGAGACGACCGAUGAUCAGACUGACCAACGAUGGACACACAGUGAAAGUGGUGUAUGAGAACGGGAACUUCAUCCUUUACUCACCUGGGCUGAGUGGUGGAAGUGUGUACCGAUUGGCCAACAUUCACUUCCACUGGGGCAGCACUGAUGACGUGGGGUCAGAGCACACCAUCGACGGCAGGACCUUCCCCAUGGAGAUGCACGUGGUGUCAUGGAAGACUGCAUACCAAAGUUUCGAGACAGCAAUGGCGCACCCUGACGGACUGGCAGUCCUGGCUUUCCUGUUCGAGAUUCAAGCUCGCGAUAACCUUGCCCUCCAUCCACUUAUCAGACAACUCUCAUUGAUUCGAUAUCCAGACAACUUUGAGGACAUACGGGCUUUUCAACUGACGAGCAUAAUCCCCCACACAAGCAGGUACUACAGGUAUGAAGGCGGGCUGACCACACCUCCUUGUAGCGAAGUUGUCGAAUGGACAGUCUUCAAUGAAACCAUUAAAAUUUCAAAAAAUCAGAUGCAGGAAUUCAGGAAUCUAUUGUCGCCAGAGCGAGAUUCCAUGGGCAGACACAAACCGUUAGUCGACAACUUCCGACCUGUGCAGCCCAUCAACAAUCGCAAAGUCCGAGCCAGUUUCGUGCUAUUCUGAGCGAGGCUGGAGUCAGUCUGCAUAACUCGAAGACCU